UUCCUUUCGUACUCUGCUAGAUUAUUUACUCUCAAAACUUUUUUUUUUUUGCUGAACUCCCUGUUUGUCAAUGGAGUCUCUGCAAGUAACUCGUCUAAUGUCUUGCAAAUUAUCAGCCAACAUAUCGCAUAAAGCUUGCAGUUUUAGACCGAGUAGGCAACUGGGUUUUAGUUCUUUGUCGAGAAGGAGCUUCCAAAACGGAAAGUUGACGGUUGCGAGAUCGGAUAUAACUGCAAAUGGAGGUGGGUUCGGCGGUUUAGACGAUAGCUCUAACUCCAAUUCCAUUGAAGAAGAAGAUGACGAUGAAGAAGAAGAAGAAGAGAAUGGUCUUAUGCUAGGUUUAGACAGGGAUGAUUGUGGUUCUGUUAUUGCCUUGCAUUUGAUUCCUCCUUCUGGUGAAGUCACCAUUGACUCUCACCAAGAUGAGGCUGCCGAUACUAAAGGCGAAGAUGAGGGAAUUGAAGAAGAAAAAGGAGGAGAAGAAGAAAUCCGAAGCAGAGUAACCUAUAACAUCGUGUUUGUUACUGCUGAAGCCGCACCGUAUUCAAAGACUGGCGGUUUAGGAGAUGUUUGCGGUUCUUUGCCGGGCGUGCUGGCUGGCUGCGGACAUCGAGUCAUGGUUGUUUCUCCUAGAUACCUCAACGGAACGUCCGCCGACAAAAAUUUCGCUGGUGCUUAUGAUGUUGAUCGCCACAUUAAGGUACCUUGCUUCGGAGGGGAGCAAGAGGUUGCAUUCUUCCAUGAGUAUAAGAAGGGUGUUGAUUGGGUAUUUGUGGACCAUCCUUCAUUCCAUAGACCUGGAAAUCUAUAUGGUGAUAGUCAUGGUGCUUUUGGUGAUAAUCAGUUUCGGUUUACUUUACUUUGCCAUGCAGCAUGUGAAGCUCCCUUAGUGCUUCCAUUGGGAGGGUAUACCUAUGGCGAGAAGUGUCUCUUCCUUGUCAAUGAUUGGCAUGCCGGUCUAGUCCCCGUGCUUUUGGCUUCCAAAUACCGUCCUUUUGGAAUUUAUAAGGAUGCUCGGAGCAUCCUUGUAAUUCAUAACCUUGCACAUCAGGGAGUGGAACCUGCAGCAAGCUUUAAGAACUUGGGACUGCCGUGGGAGUGGUAUGGGGCAUUGGAAUGGGUGUUUCCUACAUGGGCAAGGACGCAUGCUCUCGACACAGGGGAAGCCGUCAAUAUUUUAAAGGGUGCAAUCGUGACAGCAGAUCGAAUACUUACAGUUAGCAAGGGCUAUGCAUGGGAAAUAACAACGGUUGAAGGUGGACAUGGUUUAAACGAGCUAUUAAGCAGUCGAAGGAUUGUUCUUAAUGGAAUUGUGAACGGCAUUGAUGUUACGGAAUGGGAUUCGUCUUCAGAUGAGCACAUCAGUUUCCAUUAUUCCGCUGAUGAUCUCUCCGGCAAGGCUCGAUGCAAGACUGCUCUUCAACAGGAACUAGGCCUUCCAAUUAGGCCUGAAUGCCCCUUGAUUGGAUUUAUAGGGAGACUGGACUAUCAGAAAGGCAUUGACCUAAUCCGUUGGGCGAUUCCCGAGCUUAUGGAAGAAAAUGUACAAUUCGUAAUGCUUGGCUCUGGGGACCCUCUCUAUGAAGACUGGAUGAGAGCAGCAGAGAAAACUUACAGAGAUAAAUUUCGCGGUUGGGUCGGAUUUAAUGUUCCCAUUUCUCAUCGGAUUACUGCAGGCUGUGACAUACUGUUGAUGCCUUCAAGAUUCGAACCUUGCGGAUUAAAUCAAUUGUUUGCAAUGAGAUAUGGUACUGUACCAGUAGUUCAUGCCACAGGAGGACUUAGAGACACUGUAGAGAAUUUCAAUCCGUAUGCUGGAGAUCGUAGCGGGGAAGGCACAGGGUGGACUUUUUCUCCCCUUACAAAAGAGAGUAUGCUGGAGGCAUUAAGAACAGCUAUAAUGACAUACCGAGACCACAAGUCAACAUGGGAAGCAUUGAUGAGAAGAGGUAUGCAAAGAGACUUCACCUGGGAAACUGCUGCCAUUCAUUACGAGCAGGUUUUCGAAUGGGCUUAUAUCGAUCCGCCGUAUAUUACUUGAUCGGGAAACAGAAGGCUUAAUCAUAGAAAUGGGGAAAAACCCCUUUAAAAGUUCCAAGACAUUAGAAAUACUCAAGCUCUUGCUGCUCAUGAUUGUGGUGAAUGAAUCAGUGGGAAGAUAUUUACAUGGUUCAGUGCAUCGGUUAUUCUUUCUUCUGUUUAGAUUAUAGUUUAGCUUGCAAAUGUACCUUUUUCUUUUCUUUUUAAUUCUACAGAACUAAUAUCUUAAUAAUAGAAAAAUCAAUUUACUCUCUUGCUUCA